AUGGAACCUCCGCAGACCCCUCCGUACAGAAGCCAGUUCAGCUGGACACCGUCAGAACCCCCAAAGAUUCCGUCGUCUCGAACCUCCAUUUUCAGUCGCCCAAGACACAAUACAGCUGGCAACGAUGCCCACGGGGAAAGCUUCAAAGACAAGCAACAGCCCCGUCGAUAUCGAACAUUGCCCAAGGAAUCUGAGCCAGAGUUGCCGAAGACAAAGUCGAGGACCAUCCCUCCAAUCCCCCCAAGACCGCCCGGAGAACUCUUCAAGCAGAGCUUGAUUGAGCUCACAUGCAAGCAUCCAGGCGCAGUAGCCGAAGGAGAGGGUGCUGCACCACCAGAUGUACCACACCAUCGGGUGAGCCGUGGUCGCCAUCCCGACAUCGAGCCAGUACGACGACUCGGAGAACUGGAUCUAGAUAAAAGAGGCAAUGCAUUCUCCUGUAUACAACCUGACGGAUGGUUCAAAGUGAUUCCUAAGAAGUGGGUCGAGGACGAAUUCAGUGAUGAUGAUGCGCGCUUCUGGGGAAGUCGCAGCAGCUACAGUCAAGACGAUCAGGAAGUUGGGCACUCGAACGAUCAGCCAUGUGCUCUGUACACGGAGACAAUGGGCGACGUCAGACCACGCACCUCUUCCAGACUGCCCGAUGGAGAUGGGCCUGAAGGACUGGACAUCUGGGAUGAGGCCCAAGUAGAACAUCUUGUUCCGGCACCGCUCCGCUCAAGACGAGCCUGGCCUUCUAACGACAAGCCAGCCGGUGCCCCAACUCACGAAGCAACAAAUGCUGCGUCGUGCAGAUCGGUCUGGUCCUCGAUCCUCUGCGACAGUGAUAAUGGCAGUCAAGGCGCGGAUGGCCUCAGCCAGGAGAGUGGUGGCCGUACUGGGAAUCAUCAUCAUACAGAGCAGGAGGACACGUUUGAAAUUUACAACGUCGACGGUCGGCUCACGGCUGACAUCGACGAGAUCCUGGAUCUGUACCUGACUCCCGAUCACGACGAAGAGCAAAAGAAGAAAGUCCAGGUCCCAAAAGGUUUGAGACAGCCGCAGUGGGAAAAGAUCAUUCAUAUCGAUCCUACCCUCGCAUCUCCGCUCGGACAGCGCUAUAUACCUAACCAUCUUAUGGACCGUACCGCCAAAUUCGAGUCCAAGUGGGAGCCUAAUGGCACCGCCAACAGGUAUUGUCAGGCCGCAAACUCAGAGACCGAUCAUGACAACGCUGUGUCAAGAGACUCCUCGAUGUCCAUGACCCGAGGGUCCGUGCGACGUAGAGCAUCCAGCCUGGUACCGCAAGCCCACCGCACAUUCACCGACAUGUCAGGACAGGGUCGGGACUGGGGACCGUCGCCCUUGCGGGAACGAAAGCAUACGCAACAUCGGGCUCAAGGAGAGGGCAUCGCCGUUGGUCCGAUCACGGCGGCAGUCACCUUUCUAGAUGAAAACGGUCAGACGUGGAUAUAA